AUGGAUAUGAAUCAUCUCAUAGGUCAGCGUUUUAACCUGAUCUCCAAAAGUGAUAUUCGCUAUGUCGGCACACUUCAUGAGAUCAAUCCCGAAGCUUCAACAAUCGCUCUCGAAAACGUCAUGUCAUUCGGCUCAGAAGGGCGCCGUGGGAACCCGGCCGAGGAAGUGCCCCCCUCUACCAGCGUUUAUGAGUACAUCGUGUUUCGCGGAAGUGAUGUGAAGGACAUCAGCAUCGCUGGGGAGGAUCAAAAGGACCCCGCACCAGAACCCCCUCGGGUACCAGAUGACCCUGCCAUUCUCGGGAGUGCGCAACGACCGGCUCCUACCGAGGGACCUGACUCGGGAGCUGCUCCCCAGAAUCUUCCUCCUCAUGGCCCUCCACAACUUCCUCAAGGCGCUGGGCCAACACCCCCCGGCUAUCCCCAGCAGCCUCAAUUCCAACAAGGCUUUUACCCACCUUACGGGCAGCAGCGAUUUGGCCCUCCUCCUUUCCCGCCUGGUCCUGGUUUCCCGCCAUACGGUGCUCCUCCCGGAUGGUACCCUCCUCCAGGCCACGGAUUCCCCCCUGGUCCUGGCCAAUUCCAACCGCCAAUGCCCAUUGGCCCUGCUCAGCAGCCUGGAUCCCAGCGUCCGGGACCUCCUGGUGCCGCUCCCGCGCCUAUGCCUACCUCGGAGCUUCCGGUCGGUGAUAAGGUCCCUAACAAAUCGGCAAGCCAAAACGCAACUGCGGCCGCUCGCGCUGCCCCCGCUCCUCCGGUCGAGUCCAAGCCAUCCGUGGCCGAAGCUUUACAAGCUCCAGUCAGUUCUACUCCUCAGAAGAAUGGUCGAGUCAUGCCAGCGAUCCCAAUGACUGGCCCAAAGCCUGCUCUGCCGACACAGGUUCCAACUGCCCCUCGCGGGAACAACCAGUCUGUCACCGACGCCACUGCUGCGGCUACUGCUGCGGUCGCUGCUGCUAUGGCCAAAUUGCCGCAGCCUGGUACGCAAAAGCAAUCUGGACAGACAGAAAACGCGGUGGAUGCCCUGACACACCAAAUGAACAACAUCCGCCCAUACGACAACACCCGUGCUCCCCGCGGCGGUCACCAUCCUCGAGGCGGCCGUGGUGGUACUCGUCCCCCGCAACAAACCAAGAAGAUCGAAGUCCCCCAGUCUGAUUACGACUUCCAAACUGCGAAUGCCAAGUUCAAUAAGCAGGAUCUGGUGAAGGAGGCCAUCGCCACUGGAGUCCCUUCUGCUGAGGCUGAGGCCCAUGCAGCCGAGGAAGCGGAAGAGUCCGUCUCAAACGCUGGCGGCUCUUCUAGCCACGGCUACAACCGCGGUUCUUCCUUCUUUGAUAACAUCUCGAGCGAAGCUCGCGAUCGCGAGGAAAACACCGGCCGUGUUGGUGGGCGUGAAUGGCGCGGUGAGGAGGAAAAGCGCAAUAUGGAAACCUUCGGACAGGGUAGUGUUGACGGCUACCGCCCCAACUACCGAGGCCGCGGCCGUGGCCGUGGCUAUGGCCGUGGUCGAGGCGGUUACAGUCGUGGUUACGGCGGCCGCGGCCGUGGCGGACGCGUCCCCUCCGAGUCCACCGGUGUCCCGUCUCAGGGUUAA